AGCACUCGUCCCACAUCAGCUGGACGGCGGAGCUGCAGUACUGUACAGUCAGGGGAAGCAGCCGAAAUACAGUCAAAGCCAGAAGCUGCUCUCCAUAACGCGGGUGAAAAUGACCCGUGAGUCAGUAAAGAGACUCCUGCUGCUGCUGUGCAUCGGCGGAUCUGUCCACUGCAUGCCACAAUCCGCAGGGAAAAGUAAAAGACAAGCCCAGCAGCAGCAAAUCCACCUGGACACAGUUUACGAAGAGGCCAGGAGUUUAGCCAUCCACGAAAGUGGCUGUAAUGACAACGGUCGUGUUUACAGGAUGAACGAUGAGUGGGAGCGGCCCUACAUGGACAGCACUCUCAAGUGCACUUGUGAGGGAGCUUCAGGGGUCAAGUGUAGAUCCAAACCUGCAGCUGAGGAGUCAUGCUAUGAUAAAUUCAACGCACGUUCCUACCGAGUCGGAGAGACCUACGAGCGACCAAAGGAUAACAUGAUAUGGGACUGUACAUGUAUUGGGUCAGGCAAGGGCAAAAUUAGCUGCACCAUUGCAAAUCGCUGCCAUGAAGGGGGGAAUUCAUACAGAAUUGGGGACACCUGGACACGACCACACGACACUGGAGACUACAUGCUUGAAUGUGUUUGCCUUGGCAAUGGAAAGGGAGAGUGGACUUGUAAACCUGUUGCGGAGCGUUGCUAUGAUGACUCACUGGGAUCUUCAUAUGUGGUUGGUCAGACAUGGCAGAAACCAUAUCAAGGUUGGAUGAUCGUGGACUGCACAUGUUUGGGAGAGGGAAACGGACGCAUCACCUGCACCUCCAGAAACCGCUGCAAUGACCAGGACACCAGAACCUCAUACCGUAUUGGUGAAACCUGGAGCAAAAUUGACUCCAGCGGACACACUCUGCAGUGUCUUUGCACAGGGAACGGUCGUGGGGAGUGGAAGUGUGACAGACAUGCUGCUUCCCAUGUAAUUCCUGCCAUUGGUACUGGAUCUGCAGUGACUCACAGAGUUACACCAGUGAUGAACCAAGUCAACGUCCUGAAUGAACUUAUCGAAGAGGGCAACUGCAAGACCGAUUCUGGGGUGUCCUAUUACAAUGGCAUGAGCUGGAUCAGAACUCAGGGCACCAAGGAGAUGCUGUGCACUUGUGUUGGAGGAGGAAUCAGCUGCGAGGAGCAAGACGGACAGUCCCAGGUAUAUGGUGGUAACUCUGGUGGGCAGCCAUGUGUGUUCCCCUUUGUUUUUAGUGGAAACACCCACUACUCCUGCAUCUCCGAGGGUCGAUCUGAUGGGCAGCUAUGGUGCAGUACCACCUCUGAUUAUGACAGCGAUGGCUUGUACUCAUUCUGUACCCAGAAGAAUCUGCUUGUGACAACCCGUGGAGGAAACUCGAACGGUGCUCUUUGCCAAUUCCCCUUCAAGUAUAAUGGACGCAACUACACCGAUUGCACAGCCGAGGGGCGUCGUGAUGGCAUGAAGUGGUGCGGUACCACUGCUGACUAUGACAGAGAGCAGAAAUACGGUUUCUGUCCCAUGGCUGCUCACGAGGAAGUCUGCACUGUUAAUGAUGUCAUGUACCGAGUCGGUGACGAGUGGGACAAGCGCCAUGAUACUCUUGGUCACAUGAUGCGCUGUACGUGCCAGGGAAAUGGACGUGGAGAGUGGAACUGCAUUUCUCACACACAGCUCAAAGACCAGUGUGUUGUGAAUGGACAGACGUAUGAUGUGAACGAGACGUUUGAUAAGCGCCAUGACCAGGGCUACAUGAUGAACUGCACGUGCUUUGGCCAAGGCCGUGGUCGCUGGAAAUGUGAUGCCAUUGACCAGUGCCAGGAGCCUGAGACCAAGGUGUUCUACCAGAUUGGCCAAACAUGGAAUAAAGUCAUCCAAGGCACCCCAUACAGAUGUUCCUGCUAUGGUAAUGGCAUUGGAGAAAUGGCCUGUGAGCCUCUGCAGUCUACUGCUCCUGUUCGGGUGAUCAUCACUGAAGCUGGAAAUCAGCCCAAUUCCCAUCCAAUUCAAUGGAACGCUCCUCCGUCUGCCCACAUUACGCAAUACAUCCUGAAGUGGAGAGUCAAAAAUACACGCACACCAUGGAAGGAGGUCACUAUUCCUGGCCACAUCAACUCCUACACCAUUUCAGGCCUCAAAGCAGGUUUGACGUAUGAAGGCCAGUUGAUCAGCAUUCUGCGCUACGGACCAAGAGAGGUUACUCGGUUUGACUUCACCACCACAUAUGGCUCUCUGGCCAAAGCAGAGGGUGAGACCACCCAGCCUCGACAAGUAGUGGACACCUCAGAGUCUGUUACUGAAAUUACCUCCAACAGCUUUGUCAUCUCCUGGGUAUCUGCAUCUGACACAGUGUCUGGAUUUAGAGUUGAAUAUGAACUCUCAGAAGAAGGAGCUCAGAAACGUGUGCUUGACCUCCCAAGAACAACUACAUCAGUGAACAUUCAGGAUCUUCUGCCUGGCCGUAGGUACAACGUUGAUGUUUAUGAAGUCAAUCCAGAAGGAGAUACAAAACUCAUCCUGACUACAACUCAAACCACUGCACCUGAUGCUCCAACCAAUCAUGAGGUCUCAAAUGUCCAGGAGACCUCCAUUGUGAUCAGAUGGUCCAAACCCAAAGCACCCAUUACUGGCUAUCGUGUGGUGUACACACCCUCAGUCGAGGGCAGCAGCACUGAGCUCAUCCUCCCUGAGACUCAGACAUCGGUGACACUGGGUGACCUACGACCUGGCCUGUCAUACAAUAUCAGCAUUUACUCAGUGGAAGACAACUUGGAGAGCGAACCUUUGGUCCUGCAGGCAAGCACAGCUGGAGAGCAACAGCCCGAGGAAAUCCAAGCUCCCACAGACCUGCAGUUUUAUGAGGUUACCGAUGUCAAGAUCACUAUCACCUGGACUGGUCCUCCUAAUGAGGUCUCAGGAUACCGUGUGACUUUUGCACCCGUAAGCACAGAUGGCCAGGCCCAGAGACCCCUUCAGCUUCCUGUGACACACAAUGCUUAUGCGGAGCUCAUGCGCCUUCAGCCUGGCACACUCUACCGUUUCCAUAUUUAUGCAGUCAGCGGAGGAGUGGAGAGUGAACCUCUGAUCGGGGAGAAAUCUACAAAGCCUGAUGCCCCUACUGACUUGCGCUUCACUGAUAUCACCGAUGACAGCGCUCUGGUCAUCUGGUCUUUCCCCAGAGCUCAGGUCACAGGUUAUCGUCUCUUCAUCAGCAUCGGCAGCUCCAGUCCCAAACAGCUGAGAAUUCCUGGCCACAAGUCUCAAUACAAGCUCCCCAACCUUCAGCCUGACACCGAGUAUAGAGUCACCCUGCACUCAGAGCAAGGAAACACUCUUAGCGAAGGAAUUACUGAUACUUUCAGAACAACUCAGCCCACGGGUAAUGCUCCUCGAUUCAACACUGAAGUCACUGACACUGCUAUCAUCGUCACCUGGAUCCCUGUUGCAAAAUUCAGUUACAGGAUGUCUGUGAAGCCUAGCCAAAGUGGUGAAACUCCCAGAGAAGAGACUUCUGGCUCAGGCCGGAUUUACAUUUCUGGACUGACUCCAGGACUGGAGUACAUCUACAGCUUGCAACCCUUGUUCAGUGGCCGAAAACAUGGCAGCCCUAUCACAAACAAAGUUGUCACAUCCUUAUCCCCACCAACUGAUCUAAAUGUGGAGCCUAACUCAGUCAACGGUGAACUCAAUGUCAGAUGGAGAGGCACCAAAAGUCCAGAUAUCACUGGCUACAGAGUGACAGGCACACCGAUCAAUGGGCAGCGUGGAGUUAGUCUAGAGGAGUCUGUACGAGGGGAUGAAACCUCAUGCAUUCUGGAGAACCUGAGUCCUGGUGUUGAUUACAAUAUCAGUGUCUACACUGUAAAAAACCACCUGGAGAGUGAGCCAAUCUCGACUUCUGUCACGCAAGAUGUGCCCAAGGUGGGUGAUCUCAGCUUUGUUGAUUUUACGGACACCACGAUCGGAAUUAGAUGGACCCCACUAAAAUACCAAGCAGUUACUGGAUACCAUAUUACAGUUGUUACGUCCGGCCAGAAUUUUCCCAUCUUGGAGGAUGUGGUGAACUCCUCCGUCAACUAUUAUACCAUUCGUGGACUGGAGCCAGGCAUCAAUUAUGACAUCAGUGUAUCCACCAUUACAGACGAGGCGGAGAGCGUACCCUCAGUGAUCACACAGCAGACCCAAACUGCUGUUCCAGCCCCCACAAACCUGUACAUUUCUGAGGUGGGCGCAGACAGCAUGCAUGUGUCAUGGACCGCACCUUCUGUUCAGCCAUCUGAAAUUAGUCGAUUUGUCAUCCGCUACCAUCCAACGAAUAAUGACGAUGACACUCAGGAAGUCAACGUAGGAGGUGGCACCACUAGCUUCGUCCUUCAGAACUUGCUGCCAAAUACAGAGUAUCUGGUGAAAGUGGUGUGCGUCUAUGAUGACAGAGAGAGUGAACCUGUAACUGGUAUCCAGAAAACAAAACUGGACUCCCCAACAAAUCUGGACUUCUCUGACGUCUCCACCAAUUCAUUCACCGUGCACUGGAUGGCCCCACGUGCAGUCAUUACCGGUUACCGCCUACGUUAUCAACCAACAAGUGGUGGGCGUGCUAAAGAUGAGAGACUUCCACCAACAAGAAACUACUUCACGCUGGUGAACCUGGCCCCUGAGACAGAGUAUACCGUUCAUAUUUAUGCCGUCAGCAGCAAUAUAGAAAGUCUACCACUUACUGGAACACAAGCAACUGUUUCUGAUGCUCCCACUGACCUGGCUGUGACAUCCUCCACACCCACCAGCAUUACCAUCUCCUGGGAUGCCCCGGCAGUUACCGUACGCUAUUACAAGAUCACACAUGGCGAAACUGGUGAAAGAGAUGCACCGAGAGAGUUCACUGUUCCAGGAACACAGUCUUCUGCCACCAUCCAGGGUCUGCGGCCUGACACAGAUUACACCAUUACGCUGUAUGCUGUGACAGGAAGAGGGGACAGCCCAGCAUCCAGCACACCAGUUAUCAUCACACACAGGACUGCGGGUGGAAGCAUUGCGUCGCCAUCAGAUUUAGAUGUUACAGAUAUUCAAGACAAUACCUUGACUGUACGCUGGACCCCAGCUAGAGGUCCCAUUACAGGGUACAGGGUAACAGGGACACCCAAGGGUGGGCAAGGUCCUACAUUCUCUGAACUAGUUGGCCCUGAGCGUACAGAAAUGACCAUCCAUGGCUUGGUGCCCACGGUGGAGUAUACAAUCAAUGUGGUUGCUCUCAGCCAAGAAGGAGAAAGCACACCAGUGGUCCAAAAAGCUACAACAACUAAUGAACAGAAACCAAAAGACCUGACCUUCACUGAUGUGGACUCUACCUCCAUGCUUGUGAAAUGGAAUGUUCCACGGGUUCCAGGAGUGACCUCCUACAGGGUUCUGUAUUCUAGUCCGGAGGAAGGCGAAAGAGAGUACCAACCUGCCUUAAGUGGACGUGAUAACAGUGUGCUUCUUCAAGGUCUGAACCCCGGAACCAUGUACAUCAUUAAAGUUAUUCCAAUGAAAGGACGCAACCCACUUCAAACCCUUGAGGGCAUACAGCAAACUAUCCAAGAAGACACUCAGCGCAUUGCUGUUCCUGCUCCCACCGAUAUUCAGUUCUUCGACAUCAGUCCGUCUUCCUUUAUUGUGUCAUGGCAAGCACCCAAUUCCAGACUUUCUGGCUAUCGUGUGGUGGUCACCCCAAGGAAUCAGCUUGCCACAUCCAAAGAAAUGACCAUUUCACCAGACUCUACGCAAGUCUUAGUGCCUGGGCUUGUGGUGGCAACCCCUUACAAUGUACAUGUCUAUGCACUGAGGGGUUCAGACAGCAGUCCCCCUCUUACUGGAGAAAUUACCACCGCCGACAAUAUUACCCCUCCUCGCCGAGUACGUAUCAGUGAUGUAAAAGACACCUCAUUCACUCUCGCAUGGCGUGCCGUCAAUAAUGAGCCAAUGACAGGAUUCCUUAUUGAAGCCACGCCCAAAAAUGGAGGUUACCCCACCUUUAGACAAACUAUUCCUUCUGACAGACGUACCUAUGUUGUCACUGGUUUGCAUCCAGGUGUCAUGUAUGUGGUCAACAUGUACACAGUAAAUGGAAACAUGAGAAGUCCUCCUUUCACAAUGACUGUAAACACAGCACGUCCAGCUGUUCAGUCUCCAACCAACCUCCAAUUCACCUCCCUAACCCCUAAUUCCAUCUCCUUCACUUGGCAAGCCCCUCCAACACACAUCACAGGAUAUUAUAUUACUUAUGAAGAAUCAGGUGGCUCACCUCGUGAGCUUUUUCCACGCAAUAAUGUUGGCCAGAACUAUGCCACUAUAGCCGGUCUAAAACCAGGCACUGAAUACAUUAUUAAGAUCAUUGCCCUUCUGAAUAACCAGAGAAGCGCACCACUAGUUGGCACAGCCACAACUCAGCUGAUAUCCGGUCUACCUAGCCUGCCCAGUCAUGGUGGCCGAGACAAGCUGGAUGUGCCAGAGCCUGACAACAGAAUUAAUACAGUGGGUCCUACUGGUCAUGAUUCAACGGAUGCGCACGGGCAGCACGUGGAGUACACCGAAUACAAUAAUCAGCCCAAACAACCCAACAUAGGUUACCAGCCUCAAAAUCGUCAGCCAAUCUCUCAACCUAACCAACCUCGACCACAGCCUUAUGUGCCUCAAGUUGGAGAGACCCUAGUCUAUGUCCCCCAGGUGGGACCCGAUGGGGGUCGUGUGCCUCAAAUUAUUCAGGUUAGUGAGAGGCCUGGCGAUGGCCAUACUUUUGGUUUUCCAGAGGACAGGACAGGAAGGCCGCAGGAAGCUCAGACCCAGACUACCAUCUCAUGGCAGCCCUUCCAGCAGAGUUCUGCCUACCUGGUAUCAUGUCAGCCAAUCACCCAUCCAGAUGAGAAGAUGUUCCAGAUGCGUGUCCCAGGAACAUCCACAACUGCCACUCUUAUUGGUCUCACCUCUGGUGCGUCCUAUAAUGUCAUUGUGGAGGCCUUGAAAGGAGCCCUCAAGCACAAAAUCCUAGAGGAAGUCGUCACUGCUGGAAAUACAGUUCCAGGAGAUGCUACAUCCAGCAAGGACUCGUGUUAUGACACUUUCACGGCCACUCACCACGAUGUCGGAGCGGAAUGGGAGCGCAUGUCUGAUACAGGCUUUAAACUCUGGUGUAGAUGUCUUGGAUUGGGAAGUGGACAUUUCAGAUGUGACUCUUCCAAAUGGUGUCACGACAGCGGAAAUAACUACCGCAUUGGCGAAAAGUGGGAGCGUCGGGCAGAAAACGGUCACUUGAUGAGUUGCACUUGCUUGGGCAAUGGCAAAGGAGAGUUCAAGUGUGAACCACAUGACUCCAUAUGUUACGAUGAUGGAAAGAUGUACCAGAUUGGAAACCAGUGGCAGAAAGAAUACUUGGGGGCCAUCUGCACUUGCACAUGCUAUGGAGGACAACAGGGUUGGCGAUGUGAGAACUGCAGAAGGCCAGGUGCUGAGAUAAAUGCUGACUUGCUUAGGCCUGUGCGCCUUAACAACGGCCAAAGGGUGAAUAUUCAGUGCCCCAUCGAAUGCCUCCGACCAGAACUUCUUGCAGAUGCUGUAGUCAAUCCCAAAACCCAAGAGUGAAACUUCAUCCGACCGUGACGUUCUGCCCCUCCUCAUGUGUCGUUUCAUGUGGGACAUGUAAUAAAAGAUGUGAUGUAAUAUGGAAAUGUACUAAUCACAUACUGCCUUAAAGCCGCCCUGUUUGUUACCACAUCUCUACUGCCGUCCAGCUGCUGCUUUACAGCCAGUCUGUGUUGAUGCUAAAGUUGCAUUCACUCACAGUUUUUAAUUGGCUGUUCUUUAUUUUAAGAAGUUUGAUUGGAUUAAACUUUUGUUUGCUAGCGUGAGUUAUACCUUAAAUUGAAAAAAGGUUCAAAUAAUUGCAAUAUUAAAGCAAUCUCCCUUGUUUUUCCCCCAUUUUUGAUACUGCAACAAUGAGAAUAAGCACAUUCCAUGCUAAAACAUAGUUUUUUAUGUAAAGCUUUCCAGUUUAACUAAAUUAGACCCCUCUCCACCCUUCCAAAAUAAAAAAAAAAACUACCAUAGCAGUAUUUCCAGAGGAUUCGAGCCUUUAUGAAUGGACAAAUGUGAGACAGUCUUUUAAAAUAAGUGAAUAAAAGCACUGCUUUAGAAGAAUGUUAGAGCACCACUGGGGUACACGAAGAUACCAAAACAUCUGAAAUUGUCUGUGAUCAUUUUUCUAACAUGGCUCUGUUAUUUAGACAGUCAGCACUGUUUUCAGAUUGUUUCAAUUUGCAUAACUCUUUGAAUGUUUAUCCCCUUCAUUCUGAAGUGUUUGGAUUGUAUAGAAUGUUAUUGGUCUCACUUGACCGUCCUUGUUUUACUGCCGACACCCGCUUUCAACUACUGUUAAAUCCAUUAUUGAUAUAUUGCGAAACUCAUGACGUUGUAUUUAUGAAAUCUCGCUCAAAUCAAAUUGUUUUGGAACAAAGUUCUAAAUGACACCAUGCAAAAACAUCAAUAAAUGGAAAUAAACCCUUAAUAAAUA